GUCGUUAGCGUUUGUUAAAAAAUUAUAUCAUAUUUUCGAUUGUGUAUGCUGGAAACUUUUCCGCAGACUUUUUAUCGCAAACCAACACCAAACGAAUUUAUAACGUAUUGAAGUGGUGAUGUAAAUACAGUUUAUACAGUUGAUUUCAAUAAUAAUAUGACUGAAUUGUUUACCAAAGUGAAAUGUACGUAUUGUCAAGAAGAAAUAAACACCGUACGGAUAAAAUGUUGCAUAUGCGAGGAUAUUGAUCUGUGCCUUCAGUGUUUCGCUGUCGGCGCUGAAAUUGGGCCCCACCAAAAUGACCAUUCAUACAGAUUCGUGGACCAUUGCGCUGCGACUAUUUUCGGCGGAAGGGGCGCUUGGACGGGAAAAGAACAUUUAGAGCUGCUCGAUGCUGUGGAAUUGCACGGCUUCGGUAAUUGGGAGUUGAUAAGCGAAUAUGUGGAGACGCGAACACCAGAAGAGGUUAAGGAGGAAUAUAUCUCGCGAUAUGUAGACGGUAACAUAGGAAAAGCCACUUUGGCGAAUGUAUCUUCUAACAAGCCCGUUCUCGUUGAGAAUAUACCGGAAGACGAUGGCCCGUUGUCUCCUAGCGUCACCGCUAGAUUACCACCUUUGGAUAUUACUCUUGAAGAAACUAGACUUUUGGGCUAUAACCCGCAUAGGGACGAUUACGAAAGGGAAUACGAUAUGGAAGCUGAGCAAUUAGUGUCGGAAUUGAUGUUAGAACCGGAAGAAAGUACAGAAAUGGAAACCGCCUUGAAGUUAGCUAGAGUCGAUAUGUAUACGAGAAGACUAAGGGAGAGGGCGAGAAGGAAAAGAAUCGUUCGGGAUUACCAAUUAGUCGCCAAAUAUUACGCCAACGUGAGAAAAGAUCCGCAUAAAACCCCGCAAUUCAAUAAAGAGCAAAGAGAAUUGCGAGAGAAAAUGCGCGCUUUUUCGCAAUUCCUCUCAUCGGGCGAACACGAACGUUUAAUAGCAAGUUUAGAAAGGGAAAAGGAGCUGAGACACAGACUGUCCGAAUUGAUGAAGUACAGAAGCCUCGGACUAACGACGCAAGACGAAAUUAUACAUUACGAACAGCACAUUGCACACGAAAGGCAGCAGCAACUGCGCCAGAGCAAAUCUGGCAGCAGUGGCUAUGUACCUCGGGAGUUCCACUACCAAAACGGAAAAAGCGGCGCGGGCGACACAGAUUCCAUCGAAAGAAAAUCCACGUGGGGACAAAACGACGAAUGCGGCACCAACAGCUUCUCCUCCAGCAGCAGCUCGAGCUUGGAUAAGGUUCCAUCCGAUCCGGCAACGUUGCGAUACUAUCCCAUGGGGAAUUUGCUAUCGGAAAAUGAAAUACACCUUUGCGCCAAUUUGAAAAUUCUUCCUGUGCACUAUACAACAAUGAAGUCGUUAAUAAUACAGGAUAACCUCAUGUUUCCCGAGAAAUAUCAGAAUAUCAGUCAAGAAUCGGAAACUUCGGCGGAUACGAAGGAAGCUAUAGUUAAAUAUUUGAGCAACAGCGGUUGGCUUUCGAAUUUCUGACAAAGCGAGAUCGAGACUGAUGCUGAUGAGUUGGUAACAUAAUCGGGUUUUUUGACAAGGAACCGUCAAUUGCGGAUUUGUUGUGAGCAGAAAUUAAAUAUUUUUGCAAGGAAGACUUUCUUUGUUUUCGUAAAGCAUUUUGUAUGCUUUGAGAAGCAUCGUAUUUACCGAGAUUUUUUUUAAUUUUUUUUUUUAUUGAAUUGAAAUUGGAUGAUUAUUUUUAUGGAAGUGGUGAAUUUGAAUAAAUUGUAUCAUUUAUUCGACUUAUUGUAAAUAUUUAUUGUCAUGGAAUGGAUAUUUUUGUAAAUUUAAAAAUUAUAAUUUUGCGCAAAGGUGUUUUUUAAAUUUGUUGCUAAUAAAUUUUAAAACUUAUAUUUUUUUAUCACUCUACUCUAAUGCAUUAAUUCUAAGGCCCGGUUUUUUCACCUUUAGUUAGAGAAAUUAAUUACUACUUAAUCUACUUAUGUUAUGCAUAAGAAAAACUCUACUAUACAAAAAAGCAUUGCUUCUUAUCCCUCGAAUGCAAAUUUAGCAUCUAUCUAACAUUACAUAAUUCUUCACUCGAAUAAUUCACCUCUAUCAACGGCGGUUCCAAAUCUCUCUUUUCCUGAUCUACCAACUCUUCUUCAUUCAUAACGUUUUGGUCAAUUUCCAUCCCUUGAUCCUCCCGG